AUGGCUAUCAACACCGCACACAUUGUCUCUCAUUAUGCUCAGCCCAAGCCUAGAGGAUUUCAGUGGAAUCCGCGUCCUCUCAAGUUAGCAAAGAGUUACCCUGUACCUUCUCGGCCCAGAAUACCGAGCGCCCAGUCUUUGCCCGACGCACCGCAGCCUGUCGUCCGAGUUCAAAAUGAGCAACAAGAAGAAAGCAUUCCGGUAGAGGAAGCCAAACCAGACGUCUCAGAAAGCCAGCCAGAAGAAAGUCAAGUUGAGACUGCUAGUUCAAACAACACAACCUCGCCCUUGAGUAUCAACUCGGAGCUUGUUGCUGAACCUGGGGUGUCACCGGAAGACUUUCUCAGAAACGCAUUGCCUUCAACUCACACAUUCUCCCAGCCAACCCCAACGCACACACCAAUGGUCACACCUUCGCACAGCCGGCUCGACCUCUCGCCCCCUCACCGACUCCGGCCUUCGUCCUCCAUGUCCAAUAUUUCUUCCACCUCAAAUCGUUCGCGCCCUCCAUCUGCCAUGUCUGUUAGUGGUCGGACGCGUCGCUCUUCGUCACGAACAUCCCUGCGGCAGAGUACAGCCCCGUCUGUGGGCGCUGGAUCUUCUUGA